AUGACGCCGCUUCCCGACGCAGCCAUGGUGGCAUCGCACCACCUCCAGGCGGGCCGGAACGCGUACCAGAGCAACAGCGUGCAGGCCAUCCAGACGCAGCAUCGCCUCGACAUUAUCGAAUCGUGGCUGCGACUCGGUCGCAAGGCCCACCGGGAAAGCAGCGACGAUCCUGAAGCCGGCAUCAAGGGCGACGGGUGGGAGAGGCUGCAGGGAAGAGUGAUGGAUCUCGGGUGCGGACAGGGCGAUCAGACGGGCGCUUUGGCCGCCGUGAUGGCCAGCCGACCGGAGCUCGAGUCCAGCACGGUCGUCGGCGUCGAUCCUGGUCUGCCUUCGUACGGCUCGCCGUUCACGUUGGAGCAGGCGCAAACCCACCUCGCGCGGAGCGAUCUGUUCGGCGACCGACUCGAGUUCCGUCUGCAGCAAGACGGCCCUUCUGCCAUGGCGGAACAGCGAUACGCGACGGUCGUCAUGGCACAUAGCAUCUGGUACCUCUCUGCUGUCUCGGAGCUGCGCGCCGUGUUCCGGACGGCGCGCGAGACGGGGGUGCAACACCUCCUCCUCGCCGAGUGGGCGCUCGCCAUCUCGGACCCAGCGAGCCUCCCACACCUCCUCGCAGCUCUCGUCCAGGCACAGGCGCCCCUGCCCGGCGGGAACAUCCAGAACGUGCUGAGCCCGCAGGACAUCAAGGCGCUCGCCGAGCAGGAGGGGUGGAAGGUCGAGGCCGAAGAGACCUGGCUGCCUGACCGCGCGCUCCAGGAUGGAUCGUGGGAGAUUCACCAGGCCUUUGAAGCUGCCGACCUGGUCGAGACGCACGCGCUGGCCCAGCACCACCCUUCGUCCUCUGACGCGGGCAACGUCCUUGAUCCCAGCGUCGACCGCCUGGCGCAUGCCGUCAGGGCCGCCCGCCACGCGCUGCGCCAAGCUAGCGACACAUGGGGCAAAGAGGCGAGAUCGAUGGACGUCUGGACGGCUGUGCUCGUCCCCGAUACCGAUCAUCAGCGCUAG